GGAAGAGAAACACAACAUUUGUUUUUUUUUCAUGCAUUUAUAGAUGGUUCACAAACCUUAUAUGGCCUUUUUGAUACACGUGCACUUUUGUGGAAGACACUUACCUGGAAUGCAAAACAAAACCAUGACUUUGAAAAGUGAACAAAUAUCAGAGACAUGUAAAAGAGGUAUAUCAGAGAUAUUUUUUUUUUAUAACGGAAAUGUCCCCUACCAUUUUUGGAAGUGGAACAUUUAGCCAAACUCUAAUGUGAGUUCUAAAAAGCAAGAACAUUGUAACUGGAACUCUGAAGCAGGUCAAUAAAGGAACAUAGGAACUGAGAUGGAGACAGUGCCUCAGAUGGAUUUAGAGCCAGACAACGAAAAAGUGCAAUCGUAGAGGAGGGAGGAGGAGGAGGAGAAAGAGUUGAUUCAAAAAAGCAGGACGAUUUCCUAACAGACGAGCCAAGUCCUGGGCAUUCCCAGAAAGCUCAGUGCAGGAUGGUCUCCAUGGAAACAGCUGGCGAAACGGCUGUCAUGGCCAAAGUUCAAUGAGCAAGAAGUGAAAGCUCUGUACUCCGGAGUAGAGUGACACCAGAGGACUACGGGAACAGAAUGUGUCACCGGUCUGUGAAACACAACAAAGAAUCCUCAAUAGCUGUGUUGUGCAGUUCUGUGCAGCUGGCACCCCAGACCUCCAGGUUUUGACCCAUAGUGUGAAGCUUCUCGAGCACAGCCUGAGAGACAACGUCAGCUCCUUUACUGAGUCUGAGAGCUUGCUGCACAACAGAGAGCUGGAGGUGCCAGAGCAGAGCCUGCUACAGAAGGUGGAGGACCUCACAGCACACUCAGUCCUCCACUGUCCCAGCAUGCAGCGACUGGACGAGCGGCUCCACGUACUCAGGGGGGAGGUGUGCUUCAUGUACCAGGAGAAGGAGUAUAGGAAUCGUGUGUGUGGAGGGAGAGGCUACAGUGCUGCCAGGCCCAGCUCAGGGCUAAAGAGGAGGAGAUGGGUUGCCAGUCUCAGUACUUUGAGCACUUUAAGAGCCAGCUGCAGCACAAGUUUGGCCUGGCCAGAGACGAUGAGCAGGGCCUGCAGACCAGAGUCCACCAGCUGGAGAGACAUGUUCUGGAGAUGUCUGUAUCUUCAUCCACCAACAUAGCCACUGUCAACGCAGCUAGCGUUAACUACCCUGUCAUGGUGCCAACGGUACACAGGGUCCAAAGACUGGCCCACCCAAGGGAGGAAAGAAAGGAGGAGAAUGGGGAGGGUGAGGAGGAAAAUACACAGUGGAGACGCUACGGACAGCACCUCCAGCAGAAGCAGGGAGAGGAUGAAAUAGAAAUAGAGGAAGAAAGAGAGGGGGAGAGAGAGAGCGUGAGGGAGAGGGGGGUGAGGACAGACGGAGCGGCUUCAUCCUCAGCCUCCAGGAGGACUUCUGGGCUGUUGGAGAAGGAGGAGCAGGGGCUGGAGGAGCGGAGGGGGCUGUUGGAAAAGCUGCAGGAUGCGCAGCAGAAUGGCCACUUCCUGUCGUCUAAGGUGGAGGAAAUGAGGACGGUGGUCAACAGGCUCAAGCUGAAUGAGAGCUCCAUGACGGAGGAGGUGGAGGAACUGCAAGAGGAGAACCAGAGACUGUAAGAGGCUCAGCCACACCCUGAGACCGAUCAACCACAGCCCGGGCUCUACUGACCCCCGUCUCUACCCCCAGCCCAGGGACUCCAGCCCCAGCCUGGCUACUGCCCUGCCAAACACCCCUGCCCUGGCUCAACCAGUCCCCUGCCACGUGGACAACACUGACCCAGUGAGUGAUGACAUUGAAGCUAAUGUGGAGUUGACUCUUAAUCAGUAGUAGAUCUUAAGUCUAAAUUGUUGAAGAGUUCGGCCUCAAGAAUGUAAAAUGAGUACAAUUACAAGCAAAUUGUACAAUGGAUUAUAAUGUGGGAUUGUCAUGGGUUUAGCUGCACAGUGGAAUGUUGAUCUGAUUAACUACAGAGGAACUAAAGAGUGUGGCUGGCUUGUGUGUUUGAGACUGGGAGCCUGGGGGACUGGUGUCUUGGUCCUGGGGGCUUCCCCUCUCUCAACCUGAGAGAGGAGACUGAAGCACUGAGAGAGGCUUACUGGAGCAUGGGGGCGACGUGGACUCACUCCGGGACCACAGGGACCAGCUGGAGAGCACGCUCUGACACACACAGGACCAGCUGCACAGGGUGACAGAGGAAAACGCCCGACUGAAAUGUAAACUCAGGGAGCAGGGAGGAACGGGGGCCUGUGAGGCGGAGCGGGGGUGCAAGCUAGGAAGGAAAAGCAUGACAGGAAAUGCCCAGGAAAACAAGGUGCCAUUUCAUAACCUAAUUCCCCAGGUUAGCAGAAAGCUUACCACAACUCCAACCCAGAAUAAUACUACCCUAGUCUUAGCCGAUCAUGACCUAACCCUGUAUGCCUUAGCCCUGGAUGACCUAGCUCUAACUUUGCACCAGGAGAACCAAGGCAUAGGGCAGGCGUAUCAAGGAGCUCCUGCCCCACAUAGAGAGCCGGGAUAGUAAGGAUAGUGAGAGGAAGCUAGAGAGAGAGAACUGGAGCAGGAGAACCAGGAGCAGGGAGGUCUUAUAACCGAGCUAACCAGGAAGACUGAGGAUGACCUCAACACUAUCAUGGAGCUGCAGCAGAGACUGACUGAGAGCGGUCAGCUAGGUCUACAACAGGGUGACCAUGGUUUGACCACUGUGUCAGCGUGUGGUCAAAAGGGUGAGCAUGCGGUCGGGUCAGUGUUCGCUCAACAGGGUCAACCCCCGGUAGGGUUUGUGACCAGUCUACAAGGUGAUCACAUGCCAGGGUCGGUGAAUAGUGGUGAACUACAGGUUGACCACACUCAGUGAUCUCAAAGGGGAAAGGGAACAGGUUUCCCCUCUCACUCAGGUGUCAGACAGGGAAACACCAGCUAACACGCUCCGUGUGGGUUCUGGAAGAAGAACGCAACCGGGUCAAUCAGGAACUCUGCGGUUUAAAAGAAGAGCAAGUACAGUGUACAAGGUCUGAAAGAUAAGAGACAAGGUGGUAUGGUCAAUGUGUGGUUUAAAAGAGGAGAAUGACCAGCUAGUUCAGUCAAUGUCUGGUUUCUACAAGGAGAGAGACCAGCUAAUUCCGUCCAAUGUCUGGUUUCUACAAGGAGAGAGUCUUUCUAGUUCAGUCCAAUGUCUUGUUUAAAGGGGGAGAGAGACGAGCUCUCACAGUCUCUCUUCAGUCAAGAAGAUGAGAGACCAACCUAACGAGUCACUCCACAAUCUAGAAGAGGAGCGAGACCAGUUGAUGCAAUCCAUGUGGGGUUUAAAGGGACAGAGAGACUAUCUAACACGGACACUCAGCCUUCUAGAGCAGGAGAGAGACAAACUGCCUUCAAACAGAAGACAGAGACCCAGUCAACCAGUUUAAAGAAGAGCGAGAGCAGUUGGUUCAGUCAAUGGCUGUUGUGCGCGAACAGAGAGAGCAUCUCACAGCGGAGAGAGAGACCAGUUGCAGAUGGACGUCGCUCCUUUACGGAAUCAGCUACUGUCACAGGGGCGGAGUCACAACCAGCGGGUACUCUGAGAACCACGUUGGCGUGGCAACACACAUAGAGGGUGUGGCUACAAAGAGCGGGGUCGCUGUGCCAAAAUACGGAUGAUGACGUUGUUCAGAGAAGUCUGGCCACGGUCUACUCCUACAAGACCAUCCGCCUGGGGCAGUCUGCACAGGGAACACUUGGAAGAGGUGACAAGUGGUGCAGAGUGAACUGAUGGAGGAGAUCAAGUCGUUGGGGGAAGAACACAGGUGGUCACGAGACGAACUGGAGAAGAACCAAUCGGAGGAUCUCCCAUCCAAGACCAGACACCAGGUUUACUCCAGUCCCCCACCAGGUCAGGGAAACUAUCCAGGUUACCCCAAACCUUGCUGCUCUCAACCGACCCAAGCAUACCCCCAUAACAGCUACCCCUUCUACUAGUACUACUACUACUACUACU